UCGUGUAGAAAUUAAAAAUUGCGCGAGGUAGCGGCGUGUUCCCCCUGGAUUAAAUAAAUUAUUGUUAGCAAUUAUCUUGUUAUAUCAUCUUAAAUCAAUAUUUAAUUCUUAGUUAUCAUUAAGUAGAAGAGUAGUUUCAAAAUGGAAUACAUAACACCUGAAAAUGAAAUUGCUCUUAGUGGCGCACGAAUAUUAUGUUGUCAAUGUGCCGUUCCUAUAGAGCCCAAUCCAUCCAAUAUGUGUGUGGCUUGUUUGAGGGCCAAUGUAGACAUUUCAGAGGGUAUACCUAAACAAGCAACCCUUUUCUUCUGCAGAGGAUGUGAAAGAUAUCUACAGCCACCAGCUGAAUGGGUAGUUGCUGCACUGGAAUCUCGUGAGCUUCUAGCUCUCUGCUUAAAAAAACUGAAAGGCCUAAACAGAGUCAAGCUCAUAGAUGCUGGAUUUGCGUGGACUGAACCACAUUCUAAGAGGAUAAAGGUGAAACUGACAGUACAAGGAGAAGUGAUGGGUGGAGCAGUACUUCAACAAACAUUCAUUGUUGAGUUCACAGUACAGCAUCAGAUGUGUGAUGCCUGCCACCGUUCUGAAGCGCAGGACUACUGGCGUGCUCUAGUACAAGUGAGACAAAGAGCUAACAACAGGAAAACUUUCUACUAUUUAGAACAGCUUAUUUUGAAACACAAGGCACAUGAAAACACUCUUGGAAUUAAACCUAAACAUGAUGGUUUAGAUUUCUUCUAUGCAACUGAGAGUCAUGCACGCAAAAUGGUAGAUUUCAUUCAGUCAGUUCUGCCAAUAAAAUGCCAACAUUCCAAGAAGCUGAUAUCACAUGAUAUUCACAGUAAUAUUUAUAACUAUAAGUUCACAUUUAGUAUUGAGAUUGUCCCUUUGUCCAAGGACAGUGUUGUGUGCCUGCCCAAGAAGUUAACACAGCAACUGGGAGCCAUAUCUCCAAUCUGUUUGGUGAAUAGAGUGACAAGUACCAUACAUCUGAUUGAUGCCAGAACUGGUCAAGUUUGUGAUGUGUCAGCUACAGUUUACUGGAGGAACCCAUUCCAACCAAUAUGUAAUCCGAAACAACUAGUAGAAUAUAUUGUGAUGGACAUUGAUAUAUUGAAAGAACAUGAAAAGAAAUCCUUCCCUGGGCAAGGUAUGGUGUCGAAUAAACAUGUGGUGGCUGAUGUGUGGGUUGUUAAAGCAAGUGAACUUGGAUUAGAUGUCAACCCUGUCCACACCAGAACACAUCUAGGACAUAUAUUGAAGCCUGGUGAUACAGUUUUAGGCUACAACAUCGGUGAUUCAAACGUAAACGACGUCAACUUUGACAAAUUGGACCGCAGUUUGAUUCCUGACGUGUUCUUAGUGAAGAAGUUUUACGGCGAGAAGUCUGCUAGGAGGCGCGCACGCGCAUGGAAACUUAAACACAUGGCCGAGGAACUACAUGAAGGACUUAGUUCUACUAAUGAGGAUUACAAUGACUUCUUGGAUGAUUUGGAAGAGGACCCAACCUUCAGACAGAACAUUAAUAUAUUCAAGGACGAGAACAAAAUACCAGUUGACACUGACGAGAUUGACCCUUCCCUGCCUCGGAUCACACUCGCCGAAAUGUUAGACGAUAUGGUCAUUGAAGACGUCGACAUGACCGAAGUUUAAUACUAAAUAUUUAAGUUAUAUAUUCG